AUGACCCAAACAUACCCGAUCAAAACCCGCAGCGAAGAUGAACGUCUCGUUCGAGACUGGGGCUUCAAACACGUCUUCACAUGGACGGAUGGAAGCAACGCUUACUAUCCCCCGCAUACACAUCGAGGGCUGACGACGCAUCUUAUCCGCCGGGGGAGUCUCACCAUCACGUAUCCCGAGGACAACGCCGGCGUCAACAAUGGCGAGGUUAAGAAGGAGACGUUUGGAGUCGGCGCGAGGAUUGAUGUGCCGACUGGGAAGUUGCACGAGGUGUGGAUUGGGGAUGAGGGCUGUGAGUACGUUAUUGGGGAGUAA